AUGGAAUCAAGAAAUAGUUCAAGAAAAAAAAUAUGUUUAUCAAAAUCCCAAUUCAAUAGAAAUAUAAAACAACAACUUGAUUGCUUAGAUCAUUUAAGAACACAAAAAUCAGUAGAUGCUUUACCAGUUGUUACUCCUUGUUUGAGUUUUCAAAGUCAGUCUGUUGGCUAUUUAUCACAGGAAAAUAACUUGUUAGUUGAGGGAAAUAAUAUUUCAAACACAACUAUAAUUGAUAGUUCACCAAAAAUGGUCAUUAAAAAUAGCAAUUAUGUCUCCCAAACAUUGUCCAAUACUACUCAAUUUAUUCCUAAACAAAGUUCUGAAUUAAUCGAAAAUGUUAUUAACACUGACCAAGCUAAUUACCAACAUAAUAUACCAGAAACUUUAAAAUUAUCAGUCCCUGAUCAAUUAAGGCAGUGGGCAGUUAGGAAUAAAAUAACUCACACAGCCCUAGGAGAACUAUUAAUGAUUCAAAGGCAAAUACCGGAUUUUAAAAAUAUUCCAAUUAAUCCAAAAACUUUUUUACAUACACCAAGGCAAACAAUUUUACGUGAUGUCAGUCCUGGACAAUAUUAUCAUUUCGGAUUAGAAAAUUCCAUAUCUAGCAUAUUAAAAAAUAUUGAUUCGUCUAAUUUUCCUGAUGUUAUUAAUGUAGCUAUAAAUAUUGAUGGGCUACCUCUUAGUAAGUCUUCGUCCAGUCAAGUAUAUCCAAUAUUAUGCUCGGUCAAUAAUAUUGAUAUCAUAUUGCCUGUAAAUAUUUGUUGUGUUGGAAUUUAUCAUGGUUAUGAUAAACCAUCAGACUUCAACGAGUUUUUGAAAGAGUUUGUUGAUGAAGCGGUAACAUUAACAUCAAAUGGCAUUAGCAUUAAUGAUAAACAUUAUGGUUUCAAAAUUGUCAUGUUUUUAUUUGAUGCUGUAGCUAAGGCAAGUGUUUUAUUUAUAAAAGGCCAUAGUGGUUAUUCAUCUUGUUCGAAGUGCACCUUAGAAGGUGAAUAUAUAAAUUCAGUAUGUUUUACUGAAAUAGAAUUUAAUAAAAGAACCGAUAGUGAUUUUAUGAAUCAAACUGAUCCGGAUCAUCAUACAGGUCAUACAAUUUUAGAAAAAAUUCCAAAUAUAGGUCUUGUGACCCAAGUCCCUUUAGACUAUAUGCAUCUAAUAUGUCUUGGAGUUGUGAAAAAGUUACUUGUUUCUACUUGGUGUUUUGGACCACCUCCUCACAAAUUACCUUCUAGAAUUAUAAAGGUUAUAUCGGAAUCAUUAACAAAUUUAGUUCCCUACAUUCCUGUUGAAUUUGCUAGAAAACCUAGGCCUUUGAAAGAUUCUAAACGCUUUAAAGCUACAGAAUUUAGGCAGUUCAUUUUAUACACCGGUGUUAUUGUUUUAAAAAAAAAUUUAGAAAACAACAAGUAUAAACAUUUUUUGUCUCUUCAUUUUGCUAUUACUGUACUAUUAUCAGACAUACAUUUACAAACUAUGACGAACUAUGCGGAAGAACUUUUAAAACAUUUUGUUAUUUGUACAAAAUUAAUUUAUGGUCCUCAAUUUAUGUCUCAUAACUUUCAUAACUUAUUGCAUUUAACUGAUGAUGCUCGAAAAUUUGGCAAUUUGAACAAUUUUGGCAAUUUUUCCUUUGAGAACUAUUUACAAAAAAUAAAAAAAAUGUUGAGAAAACAUGAUGGUAUUCUACCACAACUAGUACGGAGACUGGCUGAAGAAAGGUCUCUUCAAAUAUUACCUAACCACAAAGUAAAACCAAAUAAUUUUAAACUAGAAAAAGAACAUAGUGACGGUAUUUUAUUAAACGAUACCUGCAAUCCUCAAUAUAAAGAGGUAGUAUUUUGUAAUUUUAAACUUAGUUCAAAAGUUCAAAAUUCAUGUUGUAGAUUAAAAUGUGGCACCAUUAUUGAAAUUUCAAAUUUUGCACAUAGCAAAGUAUUAAAUCAGCCAAUAGUGAUUGGUAAAAAAUACAAUAAAACUGCAGAUUUUUAUACUAGCCCUUCUCAGUCAUCUUUAAUUGGUAUUUUAUUAGUUACUCAACUUCAAGAAAAUUAUUCAUUUUGGCCAAUAUCAGAUAUUCUUUAUAAAUUGGUUCGUUUACCAUAUAACACGAGUUUUGUAGUAUUUCCUUUACUGCAUACUUAUGAGCACUGA